CGCCGCCCGCCGCCGCUCGGUGUCCUCUCCAGCCCAGCCCCGGCGGCGACAGCAGCGGCCGGCGCGAGCCUGGGCCUCGGAGCGGCCGGCAAAGGCCGGCGCGCUAGUGCCGCUCACCGACGCGGGUGGUAAAGAUUCCCCUUGAAGCAUAAGAAUCCCAAUUGUAGAAUUACCCAACAAGCACCAGUAACUAGAGAACAAGGAAAAGUAUGACAGAGCUGUCUGGUUGAGUCUGAAGUAUAAAGACCGCCACACCCAGCAGAAGACCCAGGAUGGAUCUGCACCAAAGCACCACCAUCACGUUCCUGGAAAAAUGGUGUUCCAGUGACUCAGCAUCUGGCUGCAGGAGACAUUAUAAUGUCAGGAAAAAACUGAAGCUAAUUCGCAUCCUUGGCCUUCUCAUGGGCCUGGUAGCCAUGAGCACUGUCCCAUUUUCAAUCAGUGCCUUUACUGAAGCAGACACUCAAAGCAACACAGGAGAGGCCAGUGAUAUAAGUGGUCCUAGAGCGGCACAGGGUCACCGUCAAAGAACACUCUUAGAUUUAAAUGACAAGAUUCGAGAUUAUACUCCACAGCCACCUGUUUCCCAGGAAAACAAAGCUGAGAACAGUACCAAUCAUGCCCAGGGAGACUACCCGAAGGACAUCUUUUCCCUCGAGGAGCGAAGGAAAGGUGCCAUCAUCCUCCAUGUCAUUGGCAUGAUCUACAUGUUCAUAGCCUUAGCCAUUGUCUGCGAUGAGUUCUUUGUUCCUUCUUUGACUGUCAUCACUGAAAAACUGGGCAUCUCUGAUGAUGUGGCUGGAGCCACCUUCAUGGCUGCGGGCGGGUCGGCCCCAGAACUUUUCACGUCCCUCAUAGGGGUCUUCAUUGCUCACAGCAAUGUUGGCAUAGGCACGAUUGUAGGUUCAGCAGUGUUCAACAUCCUCUUUGUCAUUGGCAUGUGUGCUCUGUUUUCUAGAGAAAUCUUAAACCUGACAUGGUGGCCGCUCUUUCGGGAUGUGUCCUUCUACAUCGUAGACUUGAUCAUGUUGAUCAUAUUUUUCCUGGAUAACGUCAUCAUGUGGUGGGAAAGCUUACUGCUCUUAACAGCUUAUUUUGCCUAUGUGGUUUUCAUGAAGUUCAACGUCCAAGUAGAAAGAUGGGUGAAGCAAAUGAUAAAUCGCAAUAAGGUCGUCAAGGUGACAGCACCAGAAGCCCAAGCCAAGUCCUCUGCAGCCGGGGACAAGGAUGAGCCGGCUCUACCGGCUAAGCCGCGCCUCCAGCGAGGUGGGAGUUCUGCCUCCCUCCACAACAGUCUCAUGAGGAAUAGCAUCUUCCAGCUCAUGAUACAUACCCUUGACCCACUUGCUGAAGAACUUGGAUCAUAUGGAAAACUAAAAUAUUAUGACACAAUGACUGAAGAAGGGAGGUUCAGAGAAAAGGCUUCAAUUCUCCACAAGAUUGCCAAGAAGAAAUGCCAGGUGGAUGAAAAUGAGCAGCAGAAUGGGGCUGCCAAUAAUGUGGAAAAAAUCGAGCUCCCCAACAGCACAAGCACAGAAGUCGAAAUGACUCCGUCAAGCGAAGCUUCCGAACCUGUGCAGAACGGCAACCUCUCCCGCAGCAGCGAAGCUGCAGACGCCCCGCAUGCCACAGAAACCACUGAAGAAGAGGACGACCAGCCCCUCAGCCUGGCCUGGCCAUCCAACCCCCGAAAGCAGGUCACGUUCCUCAUCGUUCUGCCCAUUGUGUUUCCUCUCUGGGUCACCUUACCUGAUGUUCGCAAACCUUCAUCCAGGAAGUUCUUCCCCAUCACGUUCUUUGGCUCCAUCACUUGGAUUGCAGUUUUCUCUUACCUGAUGGUAUGGUGGGCACACCAGGUUGGAGAGACAAUUGGCAUUAGUGAAGAAAUCAUGGGUCUGACUAUCUUAGCUGCUGGAACCUCCAUCCCUGAUCUUAUCACCAGUGUCAUAGUGGCACGGAAGGGGCUGGGGGAUAUGGCUGUGUCCAGCUCUGUUGGAAGCAAUAUCUUUGACAUCACUGUGGGGCUCCCACUGCCCUGGCUGCUCUACACCAUCAUCCACAGAUUCCAGCCAGUGGCUGUCAGCAGCAAUGGCCUCUUCUGUGCCAUUGUCCUUCUCUUCAUCAUGCUGCUCUUCGUCAUCCUUUCCAUCGCCCUCUGCAAAUGGCGGAUGAACAAAGUGCUGGGUUUCAUCAUGUUUGGCCUGUACUUCGUGUUCCUGGUGGUCAGUGUCCUCCUAGAAGACAGAGUUCUUGUGUGCCCUGUCUCCAUCUAGUGGAAAAGCUGUAUCUUCAACCAACAGCAUGGAAGGUUCCUCCUGGCUCCAGGCUCCAGACUCCUUGCACUCUUGAGAAGAAGCAGCUUAUGCACAGCCUUGAGAGCCAAGUAUUCCUUCCUGGAGGGUUGGAAGAAGAAUGGAUUCUACGGGACCAUUUACUUCCCAGGCACCUCACCCAUGCCUGCUGAAAUGACUCCAUAUAAGAGACAAAGAGAGUCAUCUCUUCAUCACCACUGACAAGUACUCCUCGCUGGUCGGAGGUACAUUCAUUGUAAUGAUGUAAACAAGGACAGAGGCUAUAUAUACAUAUAAGUAUACAUAUUAUAAAUAUAUACACAUGAACAUACAAAUCCUGCCUGUUUUCCUGUACUAUACCUCUCCUCCUAUACGUAUAGAUUAAUAUAUACCUGUACACAAACAGAAAGAAAUAUUAUAUAUAAGCAUAUAUAUAUCAAUGCAUAUUUUCAGGGAUCAUUCUAGCAUAUUUAUAGUAUCUAUUUGAAGAGGACAUCAACCUUCCACCUUCACUGUGGGCUUUACCUCUCAAGUGCAAAAGGUGAAUUAAUGGCAUCAGUAGACAAAUGUAGCUUUGCUGUGAUUUAUCUUCAACUUACUUUGGACUUACUGAGUUUAAAUAGUGAAAUAGUUUGCAGAGAAGAGGGCUUAGCAGAGAGUCUACAGGAACCCCAAGUAGAACCUUCUAAAACACUCUUACAAGCUAAACAGAACACUUACCCGCCCAGACCCACUGGGUGCACUGACUGAGACUCAUAGGGAUCCUUAGGACAGACAGAGGUAAAACCCAGACUAGGUGGCAAUUGAUGAGGACCAAGUGAGAGCUGACAAGGGUUGGGUUGCUUUGAUUUAGUUUUUCUUAUAUUGCCCAGCAUGCAAAUAGACAACAUGACUGCAAACCAAAUUAGUGCUUCUCUAGGACAGCAAAAUUAUAUAAACUGAACCUAUCUUGUUCCAACACAUGGCCCAUUAUCAUCAAAGGAAUGAGGGCAAUUUUAGCAGUGAUUGUCAUUCGACAUACUUUGAUGCUAAGGGCUCACAUAUAGUCCAGAGGCCUGCCAAGAGAGCCUAGAUAUGUACUGAGAAACACCAUCCAGUAGAGGUGCUCAGCAGGACUUGCCACCUGAUGGGAGCUUAAGGGCACAGCUCCUUAGACUAUUUCUCAGUGCGGUCAUAAAGGGCUUCAAUGUCUAAGAAUUAUUCUCAAUAAAUCUAAACUAACUGAUCAAUACUGCUUACUUGAGGCAGCUCAGGUUUGUUUGCAGAGGCAUUUACCCAUUCGGUGCACCCCAGAACAAUUUCCAAGUCCUGUGUCAAAGAUUUAGUAUACUGAUGCAGCAUCUGUGUCUCUCCUGCCAUCAUAACUCCAUCUGUGAUUGUAGUUUUUAGAGUAUAGUGGAGAGUACGUUCCAGAGUUUCUUUACACUGGUUUUUAUCCAGUCACCCCAAUAUUUUGAUUGAAUAGUUUUGCUCAGCUGUGUAUCGGAACAUCUCAUUCAUUGAGUGGCCCCAAAUUCUGUUUGACACCUUGUGUGAUUUCUCGGGGUCUAUUUCAGUUAGACAAUGAGACUAGCUAGAAAACUAAAUUGAAAAAUAUACAGUAGCCUUUCAUUUCCCUAAUUCAUGCUUCACUCCUUCAAAUCAAUUGCAAAAAAAUGAAUAGAGGAGGUCUCACCAUCCUAAGCCUAACUGUGUCUAAGUUGGCACACACUUGCAUGAAAAACAUCACCAUGUGCUUGUGUCCUGAGUCCUCUCUGUCACUAUGCCUGCUAUAACUAUGCUGUGAACACACACCUCUUAAACACAGUGAGGCAGGGUGCAGAACUCUCAGCCGAGCAAAAGGCUCGCCUUUGUUCACCUCAUAGCCUCACAUCAAACUCAAUAUCCCUUCCACAAAACCCCAGCUCAUUUUCAGAACAUGGCAAUAGCAGGUAGAUCAUCAUCACUCUUCACUCAGACUUGAAAGGCACUUCAAGGUGGAGGUCCCCUGAGGACACACUAAAUAAAGAUGACUGCCACCUAGGAGGCUAGCUUUAAGUCUCCCCAACUGUGUAAAGUUGGGUUCUCAAUAGUGAGAGAGAAAUCCACAUCCCAUUCACCAAGCGUUGUACUUUGUGUUGAGGACAGCAUUUGUGUGACAACCUCAGAAAGAGAACUUGUUUUGAAGUCUUGGGUUGUUUUCCCUGUGUAUUGCUUGAGGGGUAGCAUGGGUGAUUGUUAUACAAAUUCUGUACUUCUGGUUAUUUUACUGGUGAAAGGGGGUGUUUUUUUAGUCAACUACAAAUGGACUAUAAAAUAGAAAGUUUGCAGAAUGUGUGGUCCCUCCCUGUUACUACUAUAGUACUUCUUCCCUUCCUCCAGGAAGCCAGGAAGCCCUUUACUCAGAGCUAGGAACUCUGCUUCAGAGGGCAUGUUGUGGUCUGUAGUGAAUAGUUGCUUUUAGAAGUCAUUUCCAAGCCUCACCCUCAUUAUGAGCCCUGUCUCUGAAUGGUCUCAGGCACCUCACACUGCUCUUUCUUGCUACCUUCACCGAUGUGUCUGUGAGUGUGCUAUGCAAUGACCUAGAAUCGUUCACAUAAUUAUAAAACUGUUUUUCACAUGCUGGUUUCAGAACAGGUCAUUCUCAGAAUCCCUUUGCUGCAUGUCAGUGAACUCACGUGGACCUGAUCUGCAAGUACACAUACAAUAUCACAUCAUCACCCUUACAGCCAAUCACAUUUACAAAUCCAAAG